AUGUCGUACGGGUCCUCCUCGUUUGUCCCGCCUUCGCAUAUGUCGAGCGAUCCAUUCCGAGGAUCGUCAUUGUACAACUCAUCGCCCUUUAUGGAGCGGCUCAAAGAAUACUCCAGCAAGGCUGAAGACAUUAUGGACAGCGUGUCGCAGCCUAUUCGUCCCUACAUUCCUGUACUGGGCCGCUUCCUGAUUGUCGUCACAUUCCUGGAAGAUGCGCUGCGUAUCAUGACACAGUGGGGCGAUCAGUCGAUGUACCUGAACAAGUACCGCUCGAUGCCGUACUUUAUUGCGCACACCUUCUUGUUCAUCAACGUUGUUACGAUGCUCAUCGCUUCGACGUUUGUGUUGUUGCGCCGUUUCCCGGAGAUUUCCAUUGGAUCGCUGCUCUUCGUGAUUGUGUUCCAGGGUAUCGGCUACGGCCUUAUUACCGACUUCAACUUCUUCCUGCGCAACCUGUCCGUCAUCGGUGGCCUCCUCAUGGUGUUCUCGGACAGUCUCGCCAACCAACGCAAGAACUUGUUUGCCGGCUUGCCGAGUAUCAGCGAAACAGACAAGCGCAUCUAUUUCCAAUUGGCUGGACGUGUACUGCUCAUCUUCCUGUUCCUAGGUUUCGUGUUGCAAGGUGAGUGGAACUUCUUCCGUGUGGCCGUGUCGGUCUUGGGUCUCGGCGCCUGCAUCAUGGUGGCCGUGGGCUUCAAGGCACGAUGGAGUGCGAUGUUCCUUGUGCUCCUGCUCAGCAUCCUGAAUAUUGUUGUCAACAACUUCUGGACCGUGCACUCGGCGCUGCCGCAACGCGACUUUUUGCGGUACGACUUUUUCCAGACCCUCUCGAUUGUAGGUGGCCUUCUUUUGCUUGUCAACAUGGGCCCUGGCGGUCUUUCCAUGGACGAGCGUAAGAAAGUGACAUAA